CCCGCCUGCUGCUCCUGAGACCUCCUGAAUCGCUAACCUCCCAAACAUUGGACCUCCGAGCCGGAAGCUAUCAACCAGCGCCAGGAUCAGCAAGAAACGGUCAGGCCAUCCAUUCUUCACCUUCUUCCCUUCAAUCGGCAUUGUGCUAAUACCGUGUCUAUUUUGUAACCUUCCAGUGUCGAGCACGUGUCGCGUGGUGCAUACGGCCGCCAUUACGUGCCAACAACGAGUUUCGGGAAUAAGCUGUAAGUGCUUUACAUUCUCUCACACACACCAUGGCUACUCCUAAAACAGCAGUGACUCCAAUUUCUUUAACUGUCGAUUUAAACGAUCCGCGUGUCUUGACGCAAAGACGAGGCACACUCAAGGGUAAACUCACGUUAUUCGCUAAAUAUGUCGCGACGCUUAAUAAGGCUAAUUUAACGAAUAUUCAAAAAGUCGAGUUACAAUUACGCAUAAAUAAUGCCGCGAGUUAUUAUCGAGAUUUCGAUGUCGUUCAAACUAGGAUCGAGGAGUUAGCAGAGUUAAGUGACCUCCCUAAACAUUUAGAAUACCGCGAAGAGUUCGAGGGGCAAUAUUAUCAGACAGUGGCCGCAGCGUCCGAAUUAGCUGACGUUGGCAACAGCCCCGCUGUUGCUAACGGCAGCGCCGCUGCCCCUGCCAGCGCCGAUUCCGUGGGCUAUAAGGUUAAAUUACCUACUAUAUCACUCCCCACAUUCGACGGUUCGUACGAGCAUUGGUUAGGGUUUAGGGACACGUAUACUUCUCUGAUACACGAUUCUAAGGACCUGGGUGCCAUACAAAAGUUUCAUUACCUACACGCAGCCUUAACCGGUACCGCUUUAGAAGUAAUCAAGUCCUUGGAAUUUUCAGCAGAGAACUAUACAACCGCGUGGGAACUUCUUGAAAACCGUUUCAAUAACCAUAGGUUACUAACACACAAUUACGUAAAGUCACUUUUCAACACGCAAUCAAUAAACAAAGAAUCUGCUACACAGAUUAGAAAGCUGAUUGACUCUGUGCUACGUUCCCUUCGUGCCCUGAAGACCCUAGGUGAACCUACGGACUCCUGGGACACAUUAAUUAUUUAUUUAAUUGUCACAAAACUAGACGCAUCUACGGAACGCGAAUGGGAGGAACACAAGGGCUCAAUCAACUCUAAUCGGCAGGAUUCUACCUCUCGCAUUAAGCUAACUGAUCUGAUUACUUUUUUACAAAAUCGUGCAGAUAUGUUGGAAUCUAUUGCGGCAAAUCAUUCCAAAAAUACGCACUCAAAUUCGCAUGAAAACAAAAAGUCAUCAAAUCAGUCGCAAUCACACAAUGUACACGCAACGCAUAGCUAUGCUUCUAGCUCCACGGUUUCACAGUCACACACAAACAAAUCCAGUUCCAAACGCACUGCGCCUCGCAAUUGUCAAAUGUGCAACGCUAAUCAUCCGCUUUAUUCGUGUAAUAGUUUCCUUGAUUUAACUGUUCCCGACAGAGUUAAAUUGAUUGAGGAUAAGAAACUAUGUCACAAUUGUCUUCGCGUUGGUCACACAGUUGACAACUGCUUUUUUGGCCCGUGUAGGAUCUGCCAGAAGAAACAUAAUAGCUUGAUCCAUAGCCUGAGUAGUGACAGUGACGGUGCAUCAGCUUCGGCUGGCAGUGUAAACAACAAGCCGCCGGCGAGCGCCGUCCCCGCCACCUCGGCUCAUCACACUAUUACACUUAAUUCGCACACACUCUCACCGCCGUUAAUACCGGUAUUAUUAUCUACUGUAAUAGCAGAUGUUGCCGAUAGCAACAAUAAAUUACAUAGGGCUGGAGUUUUUCUCGAUAAUGGCUCAGAACACAGUUAUGUCACACAAUCUUUCGUAGACAAAUUAAAUACGCCUUUGAUACAGUCCACUUACAAUAUUUCAGGGUUAGGUAAAUUAGUCACGCAAACCACACACUCGUGCCAGCUUAACCUGCAGUCUAUUACAGGUGACUAUCAUGCACGCAUCAAUUGCAUGGUAGUCGCUGUCUUAACGGAACCGCUGCCGUCAGCAGCGAUAAGCGCGCAUUCCAUUCGCAUUCCAGACAAUAUUCAACUCUCUGACCCUACUUAUUUCAAAUCAUCAGAUAUUGAUAUAUUGAUAGGCGGUGAUUAUUUCUGGGGCUUGUUAAAUAAGGAUCGAUUUCCUCUCGCAGAAGGACCUUAUUUACAGGAUACUAAAUUUGGUUGGAUGGUCGUGGGUCCGAUUAAUAAUAAACGCAUUAAAUCAAAUAAGACUACUUGUCAUUUCACGCAAACUUUAGACACACAAUUAAAACAGUUUUGGGAGCUCGAGGAGGUUCCUAAGAUAGGAGACGGACUGACUGACGACGAACGCGCCUGUGAACAGCUGUUCGCUUCGACUACGCAACGCGAUAAAGAUGGUCGCUUUUUAGUACGUUUACCACUAAAGGAAUCAGCCGAUGCGCUCGGCGAUACCUACGAUGUAGCUAGGAGUAGGUUCUUAUCAUUAGAACGCAAACUCGAGCGGCUCCCGGACUACAAAAAGAUGUACUGCGAUUUUAUGCGUGAGUACAUUGAGCUAGGGCACAUGUCACUUAUACACACAUACACAAAGCCUUACUGCUUCCUUGUACACCACAGUGUAUUAAAGGAUAGUCUCACUACACGAUUAAGAGUCGUAUUCAAUGGAUCAAUGCCCACCAGUUCAGGGAAAUCCCUGAACGAUUUGCAAUUAGUCGGGCCGACCAUACAAAACGAUAUCUUUUCCAUAUUGUUACGUUUCCGCGAGCACAGAUACGUCGCCUGCGCAGACGUGGCAAAAAUGUACAGGCAAGUCCUUAUUCAACCCGACCAACGGAACCUUCAACUAAUUUUGUGGCGAGAGAACCCUUCGCAGCCGCUAAAUAUUUACCAACUUAAUACGGUAACUUUUGGUACUUCUUCUGGGGCCUUUUUAGCCAUCCGCUGUCUCAAUCAGCUGGCAAAAGAAUGUGCUGACGAAGAGGUCUCUCGCACCAUAUUAGAAGACUGCUACGUGGAUGACCUAAUUACAGGAAAUAAUGAUAAACACGCUUUAAUUGACAUCUGUGAAAAGGUCACCGACGUACUUCAGUCAGGUUGUUUCCCACUCCGAAAAUGGGUGUUUAACUUUGACGUGUCGCAAUUUUCCUCGUCCAAAAUUACGUCACGCGAAUUGUGUUUAGGCGAUAAUUGUCAAAGUAAAACACUCGGCUUAGGAUGGACCAACAACACUGACGAAUUUCAUUACACGGCAAAAAUACAACAGGAUAAUAACGAACCGAUAACAAAGCGCAAAAUAUUAUCGGUAAUUUCACAAAGGUAUGACCCUCUCGGGUUACUUUCGCCGGCCAUAAUUAUUGCCAAAAUUUUACUCCAAAAACUAUGGCUGUGCCGCUUAGAUUGGGACUCGGAAGUACCUGAGGAGGUCGCAUCAGCCUGGCGUAGAUACAUACUCACACAUACCCAACAUAUACAUAGCCUCCGCAUUCCUCGUUAUGUUAUGAAUGCGUCUGCGCAUUGCACACAGUUGCACUUUUUUUGUGAUGCUAGUCAAUCGGCCUAUGGAGCCUGUGCAUAUGUGCGUUCGCUUUCGGGACAUAAUAAUGAGGUCAUAACAGUGCAUCUGUUGUGUUCGAAGAGUAAAGUCGCUCCUUUGAAAUCCGUCACUAUCGCGAAACUUGAGUUGCUAGGCGCGCUGUUAGCUGCUAGGCUGUACGCAAAAGUAAUUAAAUCGCUCAAAGUGAAGUUCGAUUCUGUGUAUUUUUGGUGUGAUAGCACAAUCGUUCUAGGGUGGGUCCGAAUGUCACCCCACACCCUUAAAACCUUUGUUCAAAACAGAGUGUCUGAGAUAAACGAGUUAACCGGGAGCGCGCAGUGGUUACAUGUAAGUAGCAAAAAUAACGCAGCUGAUUUAGUUAGCCGCGGCCUUGAACUUGACGCGCUUAUCAAUAAUUCGUUCUGGUUCAACGGACCGCCCUUUUUGCAUGAACCAGAAUCUGACUGGUUACCUAGUACUUUAUCGCGCACUUCUGAAAUAAUACCGGCCGAUUUACCUGAAAUAAAAACAAAUACAAUUAGUAUGACAAGCCAAGUUAACACCGAUGUAUUCGAAUUCGACAGGUUUUCGUCUUUUAACCGCUUACGGCGCGCGGGUGCUUAUGUUUUACGAUUUAUAAACAACACACGCAUUAAAAACAAAAUAAAUCGUAUAACUGGCCCGCUGACUGUUGACGAAUUGAAUGCAUCGAUGCAACAUCUGGCGCGUCUUUCGCAAAUGAAAUCUUUUCCUGUCGAGUAUGAUAAGAUGAUAAAUAACUUACCUGUUAAACACACGCGCGGGAUUAAUAAAUUAAAUGUCUUUCUAGACACCGAUAAACUGAUAAGGGUCGGUGGUCGUAUUAGUAAUGCGACUAGUUUUUCAUACGACAAAAAACAUCCGAUUUUGCUUUGUUCGAAACAUCGUUUCACACAGCUUUUGUUUCAGAGUGAACACAUACGAUUACUGCAUGCGCCUCCUAGUCUCCUGCUUGCUACUAUCAAAGACUGCUGGUGGCCUCUCGGAGGCACUAAUUUAGCAAAGCGAGUAGUACGCACCUGUGUAACCUGCAUUCGCAUGAAGGCGAAAACGUUCGCGCCUAUAAUGGACCCAAACGACCUUUCCGCAUUAACUCCAGCUCAUUUCCUUAUUGGCCGACCGCUGACAGCGCCGCCCUGCAGGGACUUGACGGCAGAGACGGGCCGGCUCCAACGCUACGAGAUGCUGGAGAAAAUGCGACAACACUUUUGGCAGCGGUGGUCGAAACAAUAUAUUUCUGAGCUGCAGACCAGAACGAAGUGGCAGACGCACGGCCAGGAUAUCGUUCAGAACUCCUUAGUUCUGGUCAAGGAAGAUAACCUACCACCCCUCAAAUGGCGUUUGGGACGGGUGGUAGCUCUGUUCACAGGACACGACGGAGUCUCCCGCGUCGCUGACGUGAAAACAGCGAGCGGGACCAUACGCAGGGCUUUCACCAAGCUUUGCCCUCUCUUGAUGACGCCAGAGAGUGAAGCUGCGCCAGCCCCAUCUACAUCAACACAACCACAUUGAAAGCGGGUGCUUUCAAGGCCGGGGGCAUGUUCGCGAGCCUAACGCCAUCUAGCGGGCAUCCCAAGAAGAGGCGGAGUUUCCAAGCACGGCCGCGCGGGGGCGCGGCGACAGCCUCUAUCACUUUACCAUCUUACACGGCAAGGCACACAAGCCGCUCUCGCGAUUUUUGCCAAUUUUUAUAUAAAGUCGCCAUA